UGGCUUUUCAAACAGAAGAUAAGGACUGCAAAGCAGAAGUAGUCAACGUAGUGUUCAUAGAUCGUUGUGGGCAAAAAAUCCCAGUGCAAGGCAAAGUUGGAGAUGAUGUGCUGCACUUGGCUCAGAGAAAUGGCAUUGAACUAGAAGGUGCUUGUGAAGCCUCCUUAGCUUGCUCUACCUGCCAUGUUUACGUAAGCCAUGAUUUUGUGGAUAAGCUUCCCAUGCCUGAUGAACGGGAGGAGGAUAUGUUGGAUAUGGCACCACUGCUUCAGGAGAACUCUCGGCUGGGCUGCCAAAUUGUCCUUAGCAAAGAACUGGAAGGAGCACAGUUCACCCUCCCCAAAAUCACAAGGAACUUUUACGUGGACGGGCAUGUCCCUAAACCUCACUGAGAGCUACAGACUCCAUGGCUGGAUCUGUCUCCAUGGUUAAGGCGAUAAAAGGCUGCAGAGAGCACGGUGGGAUUGUGGCAAAGCUGGAAACAUUUAAAGAGGAGAAAAAGGAAGAAAUGGCUCAAAGAGCAAGAAGAUGGGGCUAUGGAAGGAAUUAAGCAGGAUGAGUGAGACGCAAAACGUCUAGCAACUAUCUCAUCUGCUUAUACUUUCUUCAGAAAUCCAAAGUUGGAUUAAGCUUAGCCUCAUCCAUGGCACAGAAGGAUGCUGGGUAAUUCCAUACCUAACAGUUCUUUCCUCACAUCCUGGAGAAAACCAAAACGCUUCGUAGAGAGGCAAGACGUUUCGAUGCAGUAGCCACUGUGUUUUAGCAGAGGAAUACAAAGUUUUAUGUAUUGUUAAUUGCAUGAAGAAAGGAAAAAAAAUGUAAUUCCCAUAAGUGCAUUCUCUAUACACUUUACAGCGUGUUCACUUUCUAUUGUUUUUCCAGCCCUGUUUGGAAAAUCUAUACUGGCAGUUCUUGUCUGCAUUUAACCAUCAAACUGCAUAUUGGAUAUUUGGUUAUCUGUAUAACAAACAAACGAAAAAGAAAGGCUUCUUCCAGUAA